AUGGUGAGCAUCCUGGAGCGGUGGCGCGCACAGUGGGACGCCAUGCCUGACGAGAUGAUCGCUGGCAUCCAGCAUAUCGUGCGGGUCUUGGUCGCUUCGUCACCCCUGCAGAAUGCAGACCCUGAUGUAGUCGAGCUCCCCUUCCACGAGAAAAAGUUUCUGUUCCGCAUGUUGGUCGAGGAUUUGUGGGUCAAAGCCCGAGCAGAACGUCGGCGCACACCGCUGUUCAGCAAGCCCCCGAAAUACUCCACGUUCAUCCGCGCCUUGCAGCUCCCAGUGUUUGCGAAGCUUCGCUUUCACCGCAUGGUGUCCCUGGGCCGUUGUACCAAAUGUGCUUUCUUCCGUUGGAAAUGCAUGUCCGUAUCCUCCGAGGACGAGCGCAGAGCAUGGCAGAAGGUCGCAGCGGCCCACCACCUCUUACAACUGGACCAGAAGCGGAUUUAUUGGGCGGACAGGGCUGUCGCAGCCAGCGACUACCCGAAAUCAGAACUUUACCUCGCUUUCGACGGGGGUUCAGGAUAUGAGUUUUGGCUACCGCAUCUAUCUGGGGCGGCCGCGGAGGUCCCAGUCAAGGCGGCAGACAACGUGCAUUGCCCGCAAUUCAAAGUGAUGAACGGCCUGGUGCACGGGGACACUAGGUCUCACAUCAUCUUGAGCCCGUGGUGCGUGGUGGCGGGGUCUAACCAUGUCUGCGAAUGCAUUGCCAUCGCCGUGAACACCGCCUACGAGGAGCACGGCAAUCUGCCACGCAAGUUGUCCGUGCAGAUGGACAACGCUUCUGUGAACCACAGCAUGUGCGUGUUGGGCUUUUUGGCAAUUUACGCGUUGGUCGACGUGUUCGACGUCGUGCGGCUGCGCUUCGAGUUGCCCGACCACGCGCACGACGUGUACGACGCCUUCCAUUCCAUCCACAGGACCGCGGUGGCAAAGGAGACCUUUUUCCAUCUGGAGGAGCUGAUCGACAUCAUGAAGGCAUCUCACAAAGCAAGCUUGCUGCACCGCGAGUCCUCAGAGUCCUCGGGUUCGUCAGGGUGGCAGAGCCAGGGCGGGCACAGACCUGUUAUGGGACCGGACGUAUUGGUCACAAACCUUUGGGAAAUCCGUGAUAUUUGGGAGUGGUUGUUUCCAGGGCACUCGACCAAAUCAGCUGAGUCGACCGCGAGGGGAGGGGUGAUGUACUACGAGAACAUCGGCGGCAUCCACGAUUUCGAGCUGCGGCGGGCCCGCGACGGUGGGAUGCCGCCCCAGCUAGCUUUACACAUGCAUCGGAUGGGCCUCCGCGGUCGCAAGUGCGCGAGGGAGAGCGCCGCCAUAUCCCCCGAAGCUUCGGCGGCGUUGCAGGCUACUGGCGACGCCCCGGUCCCCCGGCAGCGCUGGCACGCUCUGCAACAGACGUGCGGCAUCAGGCGCAGCGAGGGCACUCCCAUAGCGGCGCUUCCUCGCAGCUGCCCACCAAGCACUGUAGACGAAUUUGUGCGAAGGCCCGUGAUCGCGGGAGUGCACGUCCUCACGGAUCCAGCACCGAACAGCCCGCUUGGGCGCACCAGGCAGCGCCUUGUAGGAUUGCCUGUGUGGGUCUGGCGUGUUUUGCGCAUCAUCGAAGUAGGCGGCAGGCUGCCGCCCAAUUCGAAGCACGUGGCCGAGGCCACGGGCCGCACGUUCGAGGCCCAACUUCUGGUGCCCCGCGGCCCGCUUUGGAGCGGCCCGCUGAAGCCGGCUUGGAGGCGCGGCGAGGUUGCUUUUUUGUUAACCCCCGCAGAGAAGGCGGCUCGCCGCCAGGCGCAGAGUUCGCCAGUUUCUCGGCCCGCAUCGCUAGCGUCAGCACAGGUGACGCAGUCAAAUGUGCCGGUGACUGCGAUGCUGCGCCCUGAGAAUAUCAUCGGUGGCGGCUUCGGGCUGACGGCGUCGAUGUGCGCGCCGACAGUAGUGAGGCAGUUCGUCGCUUCGAGGUCAGCGGGUGGGGGCUAG